UUUUCCUCUCCUUUACUACGGAGUACCUCUCUUCUUUCACUCUUCUCUACAACUCGCAUCUGUUGCUAUCCUUCCUGUCACACUCAAUUAUCCUCCAUCACCAUAUUCUUUGAUCGCCGGCGCGGCUGUCCCGGAUGGUCGCGUGAAGCUGUCGUUCCGCCCCGCCCUGCAGCUUCCCUGCGAUAAGAUACCACUUAUAUCUUGCUUCGAUUUCUUCACAUCCAUUUAAACAUUAGUGAGGCAGUCUACUGGGUUGUUUCAUCAUGUUCGGAAUCUUUGCGGACUUGUUGUCCUCCGUCGUUACGAUCCUCUUCCCCAUUUUCGCUUCCUGGAAGGCUCUCCGUUCGUCGAACCCCUCGGAACUGGCGCCAUGGUUGAUCUACUGGGUGGUUCUGUCAGUCAUUUUGCUGGCUGAGUCGUGGACCGUGUUCAUUCUGGGAUGGCUCCCUUUCUACAGCUGGAUCCGCCUCUUCUUCCUCUGCUACCUCGUCCUCCCCCAGACCCAGGGCGCGCGCUUGCUAUACGUGCAAUACGUCGAUCCGUUCCUGGAGCAGCAUGAAAAGGAGAUUGAGGCAUUCAUUGCCAACAGCCACGAAAGGGCCAAGACUCUGGGUCUUCAGUACUUCUACCAGCUCAUCGAUUUGAUCCGCGAAAAGGUUCUGGGUCUGCCCCCGCAAACUGGUGGUGCUUCCCCUCCUCCGCCCAGCGGCGCGGGUGCUUACGCUCAGUCGCUUCUGUCCCGGUUCAACAUGCCCGCUGCCGGUGCCGGUGCUGGUGGAGCCCCAGCAGCUGGCAACGACUGGUUUUCUACCAUUAGUUCUACCGUGUCCGCGAUGGCGGCGACAGGCCAGGGCCAGAGCCAGGAAGCACGAGCGAGGGAGCUUCAUGCCAGUGGUAACCUGCUGCCGCGCGAGAUGGCAUCGAUGUCGCGGGAGGACAAGGCGAAGUACCUGUCCAACCAGCGCGAUAUCUUGGAGGUUAUGCGGGCGGCAUUGGCGCAUGAGGAAAGCAACCUGGGUAACAGUGACGAUGAGUCUGGUUCUUCGCUGCGCAAGAACCGCAGUGACAACUCAUUUGACCAUAUCAACCCCGAGGAUAUCCGCGAUCGCUCUCCUGCUGGCGCGGCGGCCGGAUGGGCGUCGGGAUGGUUGGGCGGACAGGGCGGACAGGCACGACCCCGGUGAACAGUGUUAUUUUGGUGGUGUUGUGGUGCUGUAGCCGGUAUUGUGGAUUUGGUUAAGGGCAACUAUUGCUACUUAUUGUUCUAUUUAAGGAAAUCGGAACUAGACAAACAGAAGGGAUGUGAAGAAUUCAAACAGGGGUCGCCUGUUCUGGGAUGCGUACUGACAAUUCAUCGUAGCUUCUGUACUAUGUAAGGUCCAUGCACGAAGUUUCGGUCUGUCCUUGCAUCUGUAGAUGUUCGUGCCUUAGGCAUACAUACUAGAAAGGAAG